AUGGAUGAAUCUGACACUAGCUCGAAUGUCCAGUUUCUACUAGGUUCUAUAUCACCAAAAAUUCAACUUCAAUACAAAUAUCAUUUCGCUCAGUAUAUCAAUUGGUGUCGAAAUAGAAACUUAUUAGAUGUGUCACAACAACAACAACAACAACAACAACCGGUCACUGAUGAAGAUAUAUACAGACGUUUACCAAUAUCAUGUUUUCUCAUUCAUUGGUUCAUAAUUGAUACAUUUAUAAUCAAUGUUCCUACUUCAAAUUCUAAGUUACCAACAUCUGAAGAAAUCGAAAAAAUUAUCAAGAGUUUGAAAUUCUUGGAUAAAUUGUGUCACGUUGCAAAGGGUAACAUUGAAUAUACAAUUGAUCCUAGGGUAGAAUCAUACUUAAAUAGUAUCCCCAGUAUUUAUUCCCAAUACGAACAUAUGCCAAAAAUAUUCACUUUAUCAGAUAAUGAUGAUAAUAAUAAUAAUAAUAAUAAUAAGGUGUACAAGUUGUUGAAAACUGCGGUAAACCUUUGGAAUCCUAAUACAACACACUUAAAGAAUAAUGAACCAAGAAUAAAACUGCAAUUUCUACUUACUUUGCAACUGUCAACAAUGUAUAAUAUCACGUAUGAUGAACAAUUCGAUUUAUUACUGUCAAAUUUCCAAACAAGACCAAUGAUUGAAUCAUCAUCAUCAUCAUCAUCAUCCUCAUCACCUUCUAAGCAACUUCCAGUCAUAUAUGGAACAUACACACGAAAUAAUACUUCAAAGAAGAAGGUCAAUGGUCUCAAAACAUUAGAAAUCAUACCGCAAAAUUGUCCCUUUAUAUGUCCCAUUAUGACACUAGCAACAUAUUAUUUCCUACGUUUCUAUAUACUUAAAGAUUAUAAAUUCCCAAUGACAGAAACCGACAUUGAGCAUUUCCCAUUUUUACACGAGGAACAUGCAGAUGAUGAAGAAGUAUGGCAAAAUUCAUUAACGCAAAUAUCUGAAUACUGUCAAUUUACCUCGCCUUUAUCCUCUGACGUUGAAAGCAACGAUUCCAAUAACAUUUACUUUACUCCGGAUAUAUUACGAACAGUGAAAUCGAAAUUCCCUGAAGCCUUUGACGUAGCAUUUAAAGAUGACAUACCAUUGGAUUUGAACUAUCUGAUGAAUUUAAGAAAUCCAAUACAUGAACUAAAUUACAGGACCAACGAAACAAAUAACAAUACAUAUUUUUCAAUAAGAAAGGUCCCACCCAAUGGAAUGUUAUUCCAAUUAUUCCCAGAAAUUGAAAUAUUAAAGGGGAAAUUGGAAGGAUCUGCUUCUUCGCCACCAUUAAAGUUACAAAACUUUAUUCAACUAAUGGAGGCUUUAAGAUUAAUAUUUGUCAGUAAUCUUCCUUUCAUUUACGAAUUUUUCCCAGAUCAUGAUAUAUUCAAAUAUCCUGUUUUACAAAGAGAAGAAUUCCGUAUCUACUUAAAUAGUGCCAAGAUUCUAUCAAGUGGUAACAAUAAUAACAGUGAAGAUACAUUACCAUUCCGCAUUUUCCCUGAUGAUAAACAAUGUCUUACGAGGAAAAGCUUUACUCAAUUGAUUAUUGAACCAUCUUCUAAUCUCGCUUCGAUUGUUACUUCAUCACUUAAGGAUACAAUAAGGCACGUUGAUACUGAUAAUAGUGUUACAAAUAAUGAGUCCAAAACUUUAUCAAAUAAUAAUUUGCAAGAAAUGUUAUCGAUUGCCAAUGCAACUAAGAACGCUCCCAAAAAAAGAACCAGAAGUAAGACCAAAGCACAAGAAAAUGACAAGACUAAUACCAUUAAAAGCAAGAGGAGGAAACAUACCUCUUCUGAAAGAGAUAUCUCUGAGGAUGAUACCCGGGAGAACUCCGCGAAGCAAAGUUUAAUAAAUAUUCCUCAAUCAAUUACAACUACUUCGAACAACCAGCAACAGUCAGUGAUGACAAACGAAUUAACGCAAAGAAUCACAGAUGAGGAAUUCCAAUUCAUGCAAUUACAAACAAUGACAAAUUUUCAAAACUUAGUUGGAACAUUAACUAAGAUUUUUGAUGAAGUACCAGUUAAGAAACCCGUGAAACAUUUAAUCACUAAACAAUUGAAUUCAUUUAAUGAUUCAAUGUUUGAAACUCUUAAUUUCGAUCCAAUGGAAAGACACAAAUUCGUAAAAAAUCAAAUAAUUAAACAUAGUCAACAAAAUGAUUUUGAAGAAUUAGAUACCAAGCAACCAACCAGGCGGACAGGAAGAGAGAAAUCAUUGAACUUAAUGGAUAUUUCUGACGAUGACGAUGAUGACGAUGAUGAGGAGGAGGACAAAAAAGAGAGUUCAUCGUCUAGUGAAGAUGCCGACGAGGACAAUAGCGAUAGUGACGAUGACGAUGACAGUGUUGACGGGGAAGACAAUAAUAUGCAAGAAGAACUAAAGUAUUUAAUAAACGAAUUAGUAACAACGAGGGUCAAUUCCAUUUUCAAGAAUCAAAUGAAUCAAUUUGCUAGAAAAUUUGGUGACAAAAUUGAAACCAUUGUGGAAAAUAUAGUUAAUCAAAAGAUUCACGAUUUUGCAAAUACUCAUUUCAACUCGAUGAGUACGCCCAAAGGGACCGUACUCUCUAGAGCAGUGCAGCAAAAUAAUCAUAUGAAACAAAAAUUGAAUGGUAAUGCUACCAAUGCUAAUGCAAGCGACGGAAGACACAACUCAUUUAUGUCCAUCCCUAAAGAUGCUGUAGUUUCCAACACAAGUUCACCAUAUAUAUCAUCUCAAAUGUCAACACCUAAAUUAAUUCCCUUGUCAAUGAAGAGGGCAACUAAAAGCAUGACGGUCUCGAGGGAAAAGGAAAAUAUCGGCACGCAAUCUUUCGAAGAUGGGGAAGUAUCUGCUUUCCAAUUGGAUGAAACAAUCAACACUAUAGAUGGCAUCGUUAAAGAAUGGUUUCAACCGAAUCCCAAAUAUAAUAAUGAAUCUAUCCAUUCGUUAAACAAAUCGAAGAAUAAAAGUUGGAGAAAACAUGUAUCAGCAGAAUUGUACAAAGAACGUAAAGUAAUAGUGGAAUUUGUAGUCUAUUUGAUGAACGAGGAGAAUUUUGAAAGAAAAGUUGCUAUCAAAGCUUGUGAAUUGAUUAGAGAUAAUAAACCAAUGUCAGCCCUUGCAAGAUUGUUACGAGAUUGGAAAAGAGAUCAUCGUGGGAACUUUAGUGGAUUGUCUGACCAAAUUUAUAUAUUGUUAUAA